AUUCAAACGAUUGACAUCUCGCGAGAUAAAUUCCCUUCAUUACGCAUUCCCAAUUGCGAAUUUGAGAUACGACUCGUCACUUGUGCAAACGGGAUCUAUGACCUCGCAAAUUUCCCUCCAAUUAAACGAAUAAAAAAGUCGCAAUCUCACUGGAGAUAUUUGUAAUACGAAAUGUAAUAGUAUGGGUUAUCGUAUUGAAUGAGUGGCAGUUCUCGAGGAACCGGUGAAGGGACAAGACAAUUUUUUUCCCAUUCUGACUGAUCAUCUGAGUCCACUAGUCAUCACUGACCUGUUAAUUAUUCAUUAACCCAAAUAAUAUGGCAGCAACAAUAAUAAAACUUCGAAGCAUCUGCCUUAGACUUGGGAGCACCCGACAACAAAUUCAUCCAGCAAUAAAUAAAAUCUGGUCAGUGAAUUUCUCAGUGAAAUCAGACACUUCCGCUCCAGAAAAUGAAGUUCAGAGGAUAAAACCACCCGUAGGUGAUGGUAAAUAUUUCAAAUCAAUGGAGCAAGUGAUAUCAGAUAUUCCUGAUGGAGCGAAAUUAUUGGUUGGAGGAUUUGGAUUGUGUGGAAUACCUGAGAACUUGAUCAAUGCAUUGUUGAAAAAAGGAAGCAAAGGUUUGACUGUUGUUUCCAAUAAUGCUGGAGUUGAUGACUGGGGGCUUGGAUUGUUGUUAAAUGAAAAAAGGAUAAAGAGAAUGAUUUCUUCGUAUGUGGGGGAGAAUGCAGAAUUUGAGAAGCAAUAUCUCAGUGGGGAGUUGGAGGUGGAGUUAACACCGCAGGGAACAUUAGCUGAGAGGAUUCGAGCAGGAGGGGCAGGAAUCCCGGCGUUCUUCACUCCCACAGGGUACGGGACGAUAAUCCAGGAGGGAAAUGUUGUGGUAAAAUACGAUAGUGAAAAAAAUCCAGAGAUAUCCGGAGAACCUCGAGAUAUCCAGCAGUUCGAUGGUCGCGAGUACAUAAUGGAGAAGGCAAUUACUGGAGAUUUUGCAUUGAUAAAAGCUUGGAAAGCAGACAAGGCGGGUAAUCUCGUCUUCAGGAAGUCCGCCAGGAAUUUCAACCCAGUGAUGUGCAAGGCUGCGAAAAUAACGAUCGUCGAGGCAGAGGAGAUCCUGGAGGUCGGACAAUUGGAUCCUGAUCAAAUCCACGUUCCAGGGAUUUACGUCAAUAGAAUUGUCAAGGGCAGAACUUAUGAGAAACGAAUCGAGAGACUCAAGACAAACGUUGAAGUCAAGUCGAAAAAAACAACUCCAGCCAGCAAAGCCAGAGAUCGAAUUAUUCGUCGUGCUGCACUCGAGUUCAAGGACGGAAUGUAUGCUAAUUUGGGUAUUGGAAUGCCCAUGCUGGCUAGCAACUUUAUUCCGAAGAAUAUUAAAGUUACUUUGCAGUCGGAGAACGGAAUUUUGGGACUGGGACCUUUCCCCGCUGAGAACGAAGUGGAUGCUGAUUUAAUUAAUGCGGGGAAGGAAUCAGUUACCACUCUGCCAGGGGCAUCCUACUUUGGUAGUGAUGAGAGCUUCGCCAUGAUUCGUGGGGGGCACAUUGACCUGACAAUUUUAGGCGGCAUGCAAGUCUCCCAUACUGGUGAUCUCGCCAAUUGGAUGAUCCCUGGAUCAAUGGUCAAAGGAAUGGGAGGUGCCAUGGACCUUGUCUCAGCUGCUGAAACUAAAGUGGUUGUGACGAUGGAGCAUAAAGCCAGAGAUGGAAGCCCGAAAAUUCUUGAGAAAUGUAAUCUUCCUGUCACAGGUCAACAAUGCGUGGACAUGAUCAUCACUGAUUUAGCUGUAUUCGAAGUAAUUAAAGGAGAAGGCCUAAAGCUGAUAGAACUGGCUCCAAACGUUGACAUCAGCGAAGUCGUAAGUUCCACUGGCUGCGAAUUCGCCGUAGCUGAAGACCUCAAAGUUAUGGGACAAGUAAAUCUCGAAGAGGAAAGUUAAGCUCUUCACAUCAAGUGAUCACUUCUGUUAUUGUUUAAUUUAUUUUUUACAGAGAUAUUUUGUAUAAAAAAAACAACACGAAAUUUAUAUAUAUGUAAUUAAUUGAAUAUUCUGUAAAUGUAGAGUGUAUUAAAAGUAUUAUUUUAUACGUCA